AUGGACGAAACCGACACUGGGCUUUACUUUCCAGGGACGACCCGCAUUCUCGAUGAGAGGGGUGAACUCAUCGGCUCCGACAACUUCACUCUCGUACCAGAGCCGAGCAACGACCCAGCUGACCCCCUCAACUGGUCGCAGAAACGCAAGGCUCUCCAGUUGGCGUGUAUCAUCCUUGCUCCAGCACUGGCAGCAAUUUGCUCGGGUUACAUGUAUACGGCUCUCGGCUGGCAUGCUCCUCCGGCCUUUGCGUGCGGGUUUGCCGCAAUUACCGCCAUCUUUUUAUUCAUUUUCCUCGAGGAGACCAACUUCACGCGACAGAACACCGACUCCGUUACCACUCAAGAGGCCGAGGUCGAUCACCAGUCGGAGAACAAGACUGCGCCUGAAACAUGCGUAGUGGAAGCAAGCGUCCUGGCAGAGACCGCUGAGCACCCGGAUGUUGUUCACUCGAUGGAUCGUAUCGUCUCCCCUUGGCCAGGACCUCGUCCCUGGAAGUUGUUCAAGAUCAAUCCAAAGGGGUGGGGUAUCAUAUGGCGCACGCCACCGUAUGCCGUAGCAUUCGCUGUAAGAAUCCCCAUCAUCUUUUGGUGCGGAUUCAUGUUCGGCCUCUAUCAAAUCCUGUACAAUGCCACAAACGCUCUCGCCUCCGGCGUUCUGUCAAGCCCGCCUUACAACCUUGCCCCAAACGCUGUGGGUUUGACCUUUUUGUCCCCCUUCCUCGCCAUCGGUCCAGGCGCCGUUGGUGGCGGUUGGCUCUGCGACUGGUGGACGGUACGACGUGCCCGACAAAACCAUGGCAUCUCCGAGGCUGAACACAAGCUCGAACUGUUCCUAAUCCCCACGGUGUUGACUCCUCUUGGCAUCUUGCUGAUGGGUCUGGGUCCUUACUACGGCGUACACUGGAUGUGCUUUGUGGUCGGCGAGUUUGUCCUAAGUGUCGCAGGACCGCUUGCUGCUCUCCUCAGUAUCACAUACAGCUUUGACGCCUACCAUGAGAUCCAGCCCCGCGACAAGCAGGGACCUCAGUACCAGGUUCAGCAGACUGGGCCCUACGUGCUGUCCAUUAUGGUCAUUGGAAUGAUCAUGACUUUUGGUUUUAAUUAUGUCAUAACAGACUGGGCAUUCAAGUGGGGCUUCCUCAACUGGGCCAUCUCGGCAUCAAUCGUCAGCACUGCGAUCAACCUGUCUUAUCUCUGUAUGACAGUUUGGGGGAAGCGGCUGCGUAGGUCCUCAAUCAGUGCGUACGAGAAGAUUAUCAACUGGUAG